GUCACUACUAGUCACUGGGCGUUGUAAUCGGACAGAGUGAGGGCCUCGUGACUUGUAUAUGUUCGUCCCAGCAGCACAUAAACCAUUCUUUUGAUUCCCAAUUGCUAAGCUUGCAAGUUACUGCUUACUCUGCUUUAAGAAGACUCUAGAACCAUCGACAGUUAACAGCCAUUGCCAACGAUGACACAGUGUUCGAAAGACGAAACCCUUAUUCAGGAAAUACAUGUCCGAAUCGUUGAGCGACAAGGACAUGAAGAGAGCUCCUGGGACGGCUGCAUCUCAGUAUACUCUCAGUUGAAGAGUAUCUUUGAAGUAUGGAAUGAUGACGUACAUGAAGACGAAGACAUCGAUUCUUAUAGGUUUACCGUGUAUCUGGAAGGAACAGGAAAGCCGGGAACCGUGGUGAAUGGCGACGAAAGCUGCAUGUCAUUGGGAAUUCACGACCAGGGUAUUAUUUUUGCUUCACGGAUUGAAGUUCCAGAACACAGGCCCCAACAAAUGGCAACAAGUACGCGCGUUGCCAUGCGCAUAUAAAGUCAAGCCUAUAGUACGAGCAUUAAGGGAUGGUGAUUGGGAGGAACUAAUGGACAAUUUCUCUACUCUGCAUCAGUGAGACCUGAUCAGGGGUCUUCAUGACUGAACGCUUCUGAAGGAAUACGAGGUAGCACCAUACACACAGCACGCGAUGUCAU